CACAAGUUUAAAAAUCAGUGGAUGGGGGCUCAUUUACAAACAAAACAACGACCGGAAAUAAACGGGCAGGAUGUGUGUAAGAAUUAAAAUUCCAAACAAGAAUCAGGUUUUAAAAAGUGUGUAAAACAUCUUGUCAAGUGCCUUUAAAAAAUAUUUGAAGAAUAUUUUUAGAAUAAUUGACAGCGCAGGUUCGCUGCAUGUGUUGCGGAAUGGGGUUUUUUUUUUUUUUUUUUUUUCUUCAUGUUCUUUUUCUAUAGCAACAUUAUAACUAUCGUAUUACGGGACAGAAAUCGCGUUGCUAUGCGUUCUUACUCGAGCGACAUGGCUGAGAAGGAACCGAAAUAGCGAGUUAAAAUAUUUAUAAGUCUGCGCUGCAUUACCGAGCGAAGAGAGUAUAAAAUCUAUAAAAUCAACUACGGUGCAAACAGAGAAGUGGCUUUUCCUCUUUGAGGUUUUGAGUAACAUUAUCGAGAGAACGGUGACUCACUAAGAUGGCCGACGAUCACUACGACCGCCACGAUGUUGAUUACGACAGCCAGGGACGGACCUACGUGAUGUCUGACCGCAACUCCGACUACACGCCCACCAGUACCGGCUACAAGGGGGUGCUGUUGUGUGCUACUUUUGUCCUGGAGGUCAUCAUUCUGUCGUUUGUCGUCAUACUCGAGUACUUUCUCAGAUGGACAGACAUUUUCCCGCUGCGACGUCAGAACUUCUCGUGCACGGACCCGCUGCUGUCAUGCACAGAGCAGGACGUUCCGCUCAUGUCGGACUUCGCCUUCAACGCCAAGGUGCCCAACGAGGCCGUGUACGCCCUAAGCUUCUGCGUCCCUCCCUUUGUCAUUUUGAUCGGGGAGAUCGGGAUGUUCACGUUCACGGCCGAGCCGCAGAAGAUCGUCCACGUGAUGAGCCGACACUGCGCCCUCCCGCAGGUUUGUCGCAGACUCGUCAGGUUCGUCGGUGUCUUUGUGUUUGGAGGAUUCGCUCUGAUGAUAUUUGUGGAUAUCAUAAAAAUCAUGAUUGGUCGGUUGCGGCCCAACUUUCUUGAACUGUGCCAGGUCAAUUCUACUGGGUGUAACCAAUCGUACGGCGCCCUUAGCGGUGAUGAAAUGUGUCUGAACACAGACAAGUACGCCAUCAGAGAAGGACGGACAUCGUUUCCGUCAAUGAAUGCAGCUUUAACGAGUUUCGCUUCUGUGUUUAUAGCUAUAUACAUCCACGGUGCAAUGCACGCGCACAGCGUGAGGAUUAUCCGCCCCUUCCUGUCGCUGGUGUUCGUGAUGCUGUCGCUCAUGUGUGGGCUGGCCGAGAUCGCGCUGUGUCAGAGCUACUGGACUGACGUCGUCGUCGGCUACGGCAUGGGCGUCGUCCUCGCUAUUUACCUGGGUGUGACCAUUCUGAAUAACUUUCGUGAAAAUCUGUCUCACUGGAAACUGCUGCACAUCAUAAACUCGGUUGUAGCUGAAAACUAUUAUCCUUACGAGGACAAAUACAAUAUGAAACGGCCCAUCGACUACCCAUCGCUGCAUAUACCACGUGCACACAUGCAUCACCGUCUUUCCAACGACUCGUGUGACAGCAAGUACAGGCGGCGGCCCUACAACACGUUCCAGAAGGAUCUCGCUCACUCGGUGGAAAAUUACAACAGACAAAAUUCGUACUUGCAGGGAACGUCAUCACAUAUGUGACUAGCGAAUCGGACACCGUACUCGGACCUAAGUGAAACGUGGACUGCGGUGGCGGGUACCUCAAAAUGGAACAAGAGUGCUGCGAUGUAUUAGAUAAAUAGAAUCAUCCUUUAUAGAGAGAGAGAGAGAGAGAGAGAGAGAGAGAGAGAGAGAGAGAGAGAGAGAGAGAGAGAGAGAGAGAGAGAGAGAGAGAGAGAGAGAGA